GUCUCGUUUGGUAGGUGUGUCACUCUAUUUGUUAUUGACGACUCUCUAAAACCUGAAAUUCCUCGGUAAUAUUUCGCAAUGAAUCCAUAAUUAAUGACUAUCUUGCAACUGAACGUGGCAAAAAGGGGAGUUAGCUGAAUCGGCCUUUCAGAAUUUGCGACGUGCUCCUCGAUGUCUUCGCUCUUCUGGCUGUGCCUGACAACCCGCAGGUCGGUUUUCACAGCAACACAAAGGCGUAGGUACAAGAUGGCACGGACAUUUAUUUAAAAAAAUCUGCGCCAACUACCGAACGGAUAUGACGGAAGCUUUUCAAAACGUCUGAAUGUGGAGGCUGGAGGCUCCGGCUCCGCACUUCGGGACUAAACUUUGCGAUAGAUACAAAGAAAGCCCCGCAUUAGAAAAGUCAUCGUCCGCAUUAAACUGACUCUUUUGCACGGCCACUUAAAUAUAUUUUCCUCGAUUUGCUUUCCGUUUGGGGCGCUGAAAGGGGGAAAACACGUCUGUUAAUCGAUCUGAGAUGAGCCAUCACGUCCGGAUACACAACAAAAAACAGUGUAGAGAAUCUGAGUAAAUGAUAAUCAUAAAGAUGCGGAUACCAGCAACGCCCUCCAGAAAAGGGGCAAGGACUAUAUAAGUGGGAGGGAAGAGCUCAGGAUCAUUUCUUGUCGCUGACAGGCGGAGGGUCAAUAUUGUGGACGGCUCCGCCCGCACAGCACGACACUGACAUCUCGCUGAGAAGCGAAAGCUUCGUAAGUCCCCGGAGCUCGGCUCUUGUGCUGGCGGGAAGGGACGGCAGCUGCUCGCGCUGAGAUGACUGCUCGUGCCCUUCACUGAAUCCGUCCACUUACCUCCCCCACCUUUUGUAGAGUUUUAGAAUUUUCUUUUAUCUUUUUCGUUUUGAUUUUUUUUAAAAAUUACUUAAUGGAGCCGAAGCCUAACAUGCGCGAGGAGGGGGCGCCGGCCGCAGGUACCGGGACCCCUGAGGAAGCGGGGGCCCCGAGGCAGGCGGUCACCGACAUGAUGGCUCAGUUAAUGAGGUUUGGUAAAACGCUCCUCUGGCUCAUGCCGAUUUAUCUGACCGGCUACUUCGGGUUGAGCGUGAGCUUUCUAGUUUUCGGGCUGAUACUGUGGAUGGGCUGGAAAAUGCGGAGGGAGAGCAAGUGGAACAGGCUGAAGGACGGCUUAUACCUCUUGGAGAACGAAGAGACCGUCACUCGAAAAAGGACAAGCAAGAGCCUUCCAGCUUGGAUCAACUUCCAAGAUCUCGAGCGUGUAGACUGGUUAAAUAAGAUUCUGCGGCAGGCAUGGCCAUUUGUCGGCCAAUACCUGGAGAAACUGUUGGUGAACUCCAUUGCUCCCAGUAUUCGUGGUUCGAACAACCACCUACAAACGUUUGCCUUCACAAAAGUCAACUUUGGAGUAAAGCCUCUGAAGAUUCAUGGAGUACAGGUGCAUUCAGGUGCAGACCAAAGGCAGGUCAUUCUUGACCUGCAUAUCAGUUACAUUGGUGACUGUGAAAUCAAUGUUGAAGUAAAGAAGUAUUUCUGCAAAGCUGGAGUGAAUGGUAUCCAGCUCCAUGGAAUGCUUCGAGUGAUUCUUGAGCCCUUAAUCGGAGACAUGCCACUGGUGGGAGCAGUGACCCUGUUCUUCAUCCGACGCCCAGUGCUGGAGAUUAACUGGACAGGUCUUACCAACCUGCUGGAUAUUCCAGGGCUGAGUUCAAAGUCUGACACCAUACUUAUGGACACCAUUGCCUCUUUCUUGGUGUUGCCAAACCGGAUUACCUGCCCUCUUGUUCCAGAUUUGCACGUGGCUGAACUCCGUUCUCCUUUGCCUCGGGGAAUAGUGCGGAUCCACCUAAUUGAAGCAGCAUGCCUGGAGUCAAAAGAUACGUAUGUCAAAGGACUCAUCAAAGGAAAAUCUGAUCCAUAUGCAAUUGUACGAGUGGGCACACAGACAUUCAUGAGCAAGACCGUCAGUGAGUCUGUGAAUCCCAAGUGGAAUGAAAUGUAUGAGGUGAUUGUUCACGAAGUUCCUGGUCAGCUGUUUGAAAUUGAGAUAUUCGAUAAAGAUCCAGAUCAGGAUGACUUCUUGGGCAGAAUGCAGCUGGAUCUUGGGGAAGUGAUGAAAAAUCAAACUGUGGAUGAGUGGUUCACUCUAAAGGAUGUGGAGAGAGGAAAAAUUCAUCUGAAACUGGAGUGGCUGACCCUGUACGCUGAUCCAGCAAAACUGGAGCAGGCACUGCUUAUAAAUAACUCCAUUGCUGCGCAGAAUAGCGAGGAACCCUCCGCUGCCAUUAUGGUUGUCUAUGUGGACCAGGCACGUGAUCUCCCGCUAAAACAAGGAACGAGGGAACCGAAUCCUCUGGUACAGGCUUCACUAUUGGACAAAACCUUUGAGAGCAGGACUGUAUAUAACACAAGUGCCCCAAUCUGGGAGGAUGCCUUUACAUUUUUUGUCCAGAAUCCAAAACAACAGGAGCUUGAUAUCCAGGUUAAAGAUGAUGACCGUCAGUUUAGUCUGGGAUCCCUGUCCCUGCCUCUGUCACAGUUACUGAUGAGCUCAGAUAUGACCUGUGAUCAGUGGUUCCCACUAGAACAUUCUGGACGCAACAGCAAAAUUUAUCUGAAAAUCAUGAUGCGGGUCCUGAUUUCUGAUGCUGUUGAUCCAGAGAAAAUUCCCAGGGCUCGGAGAUCCACAAUGGAAAAAAAGCAGGGAUCAUCCAAAUCUGACAAGAUAAGCAUGACUACUACUAAGUUAGUGGAGGCUUCUGGAGUGGGGAGCCUGAUCCAAGCUCCCUUACCGACGGAAAGCAGUGCCCCCAGCAGCGUGGGGACUGAGGGGGUGAUACGGAUUUAUUUGUUGGAAGCUGAGAACCUGAUUGCAAAGGACAACUUCAUGAAAGGAAUUGUGAAAGGAAAGUCAGAUCCCUAUGUCAAAGUGAGAGCGGGAGCCCAAAGCUUCCGAAGCAAAACUAUUAAAGAAAACCUCAAUCCUAAGUGGUACGAAAUGUAUGAGGUCAUUGUAAAUCACAUUCCUGGUCAAGAACUAGAAUUUGAGCUCUUUGACAAGGACAUGGACAAGGAUGAUUUCCUUGGAAGAUUGAAGAUCAGCUACAGGGAUAUUAUGAAGAAAAAAUUUGUGGAUGAGUGGUUCAUUCUUAAUGAUGUCAAGUCAGGAAAACUUCAUCUCAAAUUGGAAUGGUUGCCACCAAGUAUGGAUUCAAUCAUCUUAGACCAGGUGCUUCAGGCCAACAAAACCAUUUUCACACAUAAUGACGUGGAACCAUCUGCUGCCAUCCUGUCCGUCUACUUAGACAGAGCCCAUGAACUUCCAAUGAAGAAAGGAAAGAAGCCUCCCAGUCCAAUGGCUCAGCUUACUGUCGACCACACCACAUAUAAAAGUCAGGUUAUUAAUAGCACAGACUUGCCUAUUUGGGAGGAGACAUUUUCAUUCCUUGUUAAGGAUCCAAACGUGGAUCACCUGGAGGUUCAGGUUAAAGAUGACAAUCACACUCUGGGAACUCUUACCAUUUCACUAUCUGAACUGCUGGCUUGCAAGAAUCUGACCUUAGACAAGUGGUUUCAGCUGGAAAAUUCAGGACCCAAUAGUCAAAUUUUGUUGAAAGUUAUCCUUGGGAUCCUAGUUUCUGAGCAUUCCAGGGAGCUUUUCUCAGUUCAGAACAGAGCGCAAGAACCAACUAGUCAUGAGGUGGAGAAUGUGUCAUUCUCAGCUUCCACUGGUGAUGAGUGUGAACCGAAACCAGUUUCAUCAUUAGUAAAUGAUCCCAGCAGCCAUUCAGUGGCCUCCUUUACUUCAGAGCAUAAUGCCAACAUUCCUGAGAGCGAGUCAGUGUCAUCCGAACAGGAUCUCCGUCAGAGAACAAAUCGCAAAAUGGAUGUUUCAGAGUCACCACAGAUCAAGCUGACUCUGCAAUAUAGUGUGGAACAAGAGAGACUGAUGCUCCUAAUCCAUUCCUGCAGGAACCUAAGACUCCAUUCCAAGGAGGUCCCAGACCCAUAUGUCUCUCUCAUUCUACUCCCUGACAAAAAUAAAGUUACAAAGAGAAAAACAAGUGUGAAGAAGAAGACAGUUAAUCCAGAAUAUAACGAAACAUUUGAGUUUGAAAUAUCAUUGGAGGAAGCAGAGAAGAGAAAGCUGGAGCUCACAGUAAAAAACAGCGUUUCCUUCAUGUCUAAAGAAAUUGGAAAGCUCCAUAUUGAUCUCUCACUACCUGACCUGACUCAGGAGGUAACACAGUGGUUCGAUUUGAAGGAAGAAUAGGAUGAUUCAGUCGCAUUAAACCCAUUGUUCAGUUUGUCUUUGGUUUAUGACCAACUAUUUUUAAAUGGUUUUGUUUCUACUGAAGUAUUUCAUACCACUUAAGUAUUAUGUUAAUUUUAAAUAUUUUAUAUUCAAUGACUAUGUCUUUGUUCCUGUUUUAGCUUUAGUUCACAAAGAAAUUCCAAAGACCAUGAUCAGAGUAUUAAGUCAGUCACAGCUCAUUCUGUUUAUGUUCAUCCUUUUAUUGUUUGCAAACAAUCUUCUUAUUCAAGUACAUCUUGAUAAACUAUGAUCAUAAAGCUACUUGGUGAAUGGAAGGAAACUAUAACAUCCUAUGUGAAACAGUUUGGGAGACCUUGAUGCAUUUUCAAUUGAGAGUUCAUGUUACAAAACUUUAAUAUAAUGAGCAGGCUCAUUCCAGAAAGAUGGAUGGUAUGGAAACUAGAUAACUACUACAGAAGAGGUUUGAAAUUAGGAUUGAGCUGGAACUGAUUUGACAGCAUCCCUAUGCACUUAAACUGUUCAGUUCUUGACAAAAACAACAUUGAUGCGAUGGGGUGGAAAAUAGUUUUUUCCCCAAUGAAACAUUUUUUAAAAAAAGUAUUAAUACAAAAUAACAAUUUCUAGUUCAUGAAAUUUAAUCCAAAAACUAUAUUUCAAUGUCUUUUAAGAGAUUAUCCACAGCAUUGCUCAAAAAGACUUCCAUUGCAGAUGAGAUUCAAUUAAUUGGUACUUUAAAAAAAAUAGUAUUGUGGCUGAUUUAAGACUGUUUAGGCCUCUAUUUAACAUUUGCAAGAGGUCUAAUCUUCGCUUAGGUUGUUUCGAAUAUCUUGAGGGAAGGGAAAUCCUCCUGAAUAUGGCAGCAUUUAGUAAAUGCAGUUAUUCAUUCGGUAAAAGAACGCUGCACUGCCACCCUCCAGGUUUUGUCUUUGGUUUCUGUUUUCUGUAGUGAGGACCAAUUUCUAUUCCAAUUAACAUAGAAGUGUUCAAGGAUUUUAAUGUCUAAUUGGCACAUAAGAACAACUUACACUAAAAUAAAAUCAAAACAUUGCAGAUGCUGGAAAUCAGAUAUAAACAAAAAUGCUGGAAACAAGUAGCAGGUCAGGCAGCAUCUGUGGAAAGAAAAACAGAGUUAAUGUUUUAAGAUGGGAAUCCUUCAGCAGUAUGGGCUAAUAACAUGGCAUUUGAAAAUAAACCUCAAAUUGAGAUUUGGCUAUUUACAGAUACUGUCAAAAUUGUCAAUAUAUUGAAAAUGUGCCUACAACAGAGCCCCAGGGUUCAUCAGAUCAUGCCUUGGUUCGAGUUCCAGCAAGCUGUAGAAGUUGAAAAGUGCCACACUACUGGAGUGGUGUUUAGAAUUUUGCAUGCUAGAUUGUGUCUUUAAAAUUACUUCCACCGAAAAGUCUAUUUUGUGUUCUAAAACUUCGGCAACAGGUAUCUUAAGGUUAACUGCUGGGCAGCCACCAGUGUACCAGUAUAACUGGCAAUGGGCAGGAGAAAUCUUUCAGUUUAAAAAAAAAAUCAACCAGGUUUUCCUCAAGUUCCAGACAACUCCCAACCCUGCUCUACCACUUAAGUUUUCAGUGUUGGUUAUACUUGGAUUUAGUAAUGGACCCUCAAUCAAGGGGGGGGGGGGGGGAGAGAAAAGAUGCCUUCUACCCCAUUUCUCAGAGCAAUUUGAUACCCAAAUACAGUUGCCCUUUUUGUCUUAGCUCUUAAAAUACCAGUUUCGGAGAAGAUAAAUGACUUGGGAGACAUUGAGAACUUUUACGUAGAUUGAUAUCCCUCUUAAAUGCUGCAACCUAUCGUCUUCCAGUGAAUAGUGGAACCAGUGCAGGUCAUGGUAAACAAUGGAUACUUUACAGUAGCAGAAUUGAAGCCAAAGUUGAUAGAUUGCAUUAAUGUUACCCAAGAAUGGUCCUAACCAGAAAAUAGCUGUCUGCAGAUAUACUUUGCUUAUUUCCUGGUUUAGCCGAAUGGUUAGGAUCAAUAACUGUGCCUUUUAAAAAAAAAUUAUGUAAAUUCAAUAUUUACAGCUUGUAAAAGUCUGAAUGAAAAUAAAAAUUGUUUCCACAAGGGAACAUUUUAACAUAUAGUUUAAAAAAUAUGUUCGAAGAAUAAUCAUGCACUAAUGGUGCUACAAGCUUUCACCACUGAAAAAGCCUUUCUCAGCGACAUAACUCACAUUCAAAAAUAAAAUCCUGCUUCAGAGUUUGUGAUCACUUCAGUCUGAGCUAUAUUGCCAUUCCACAUGGACAGAGAUAGUCUAAUGGUGAUGCAUGCAUACCCAUCAGUACAAUUAGCAGCUUUACUAUAUAUGGAAAAAUGGCAAAGGCAAGAGCAUUCAGCCCAUCAAGCAGCUCACUUCAGCCACUGUCCACAAAUUAUUUUAUUUUUGUACAGAUACUCCAAGCACCACCAAAUUCAUCCUUCACCUUCCUCAAAGGAAACCUAUCAUCAGCUGUUGCAUUCUCUCAAUUUAAAUUCCUAUCCAUGCAGCUCCUUUUAAGAAUUAAUAGAGACAAUUGCUUCCACCUAAAAAUCUGUUUCGUGUGUCCAUCUUUGACCAGUUGAAGCCGGAAAGGGAUUAUGGUUUAAUGGUUAAUAAUUUUAAGCAGGUUGGAAUUUUGUAACUUGAGUAUACAAAUUGCAGAUGGUAUGUUAAAGCUACAGGGUACAAUUAUCCAACUGAAAUUUCAAUUGAAAUUUAAAAUUCUUAUUUGAUGUUCAAAGUUGCAACAGCCUUGUAUUCCCACAAGGUGUUGCUCUUGUACUUAGUAAUGACACGAUUACAGGUGAGAGAUGUGCACUAUCAGACGGGGUGGUCUUGCAUUGUUUUUGAAUGUCAAAUAGGUUGGUGGAUUUGAAUGCAAAAAAAUCACGCUGAAGUUAAACUUUGUUCCUCCAGGCUCAGUAUAUCAAAACUAUAAAUCACAGAAUUUUCAUUUUUAAACUCAGUUGCUUCAAUUUCAGGGAAAAAGAGACAUUUUAAUGUUAUCCAUGUUUAGAGUAUAGAAUAACUAAAUACUCCUCUUACUUAAAAUAAUGGCACUUUAGAAUACUGUACAUUGACCAAUCUUCCCAAAAUAGUUUAGGAAAUUAUUACAUUAUAAAAUUUAAUAUUCCACAGUCAAGAAUGAUCACUAUAAAUCUAAGCAUUUUUAAACAAAAUAUUGUAAACCUUAUUACUAACCAAAGCCAUUAACCAAGCCAUUAACCUUAAUAUUGAUUUGUUUAUAAUCCCAUCUAAGUUUUUAAAAAAAAAACACGAAAAAGUGAAUGAGCUGGAACUGAGCUUCCUAAACUGUGACUGAAACUAACUGUCUUCAUACUAUUUCUGAAGGACAAGCUUCUAUCUGGUUUGGACCCAAUAUCAUUUAAUGACUUAAUUCUAGUUCUUGUUUACUACUCCUCUGCCUUAUUUUUAGUCUGAAAUAUAACACAAAUUCAAUAUGUGGUAUCAAAUACAUUACUAAUUUGAAUUCUUACCUUCAGUCACUAUAGGGAAUUCCUUCCAGUAGGAAUGUUUAAAGCCAUUCUUCUGAAUAUCUCAUCAGUUAUCAAACAUGACAAGCAUAAAGUAAAUUGCUACUUUUAUGAUUGAAUGUUGCCAAGAUAUAUUAGAGCACAUUGCGAUUUGGGCACUUACGUAUUUCAUAUUUCAUGAAUUUAAAGAAUUAUAGAUAAAUAAUUCUGCAUGUACAUUUAUUGUAUUGCUGUAUAUGUAAUCUCAAUAAAGUAACAAGAAUGCA